AGUGCCUCCCUCACUGCCUGCCUCCCUCCCUCAGUCCCUGCCUCAGUGCCUCCUCCUUUCUUUCACCCUCGGCACAGGGACAUCCGGGCACCGGCGGAGCACCACGGGAACCGCCGCCGACCGCGGCUCCGGGCCCGGGAUACGGGCGCGGGUUCGCGAUGCGGGACCGGGCUCGGGAUGCGGGCCCCGCGAUACGGAGCGGCCGCGACCCACCAGCGGCAGCGGGAAUGGAACAAAGUGUCGGGAGAGGCAACGGGCGGUGCUGAAUUGAUGUCAGCAGCACAGGCACUCUCUCUGCCAGCAGAUGCCUAUGGGAAUGAUGCCAACGUUGAAAUGAUGUGGGCUAUGAAAGCCUAUCAACACGCUGAGAUUUAUUUCAAUCUCAUUUCUUCAGUUGACCCACGGUAUCUCAGACUGACUAAAGAAGAUGAUCUGAUCUACAUGGAGUUCAGGAGAAGGUUCAGUGACAUGAAGGUUGAUGUCCUGGAUCCAGAGGAGCUGAAGUCAGAGUCUGCCAAACUGAAAUGGCGCCCAUUCUGUAUGCAGUUUGAAACUAUGGUCGAAGACUUCAACUAUGGAACACUUCUACGGUUGGACUGCUCAAAGGACUAUCUGGAGGAGAACACUAUAUUUGCUACCCGGAUCCAAUUCUUUGCCAUAGAAAUAGCUCGGAAUCGGGAAGGGUACAACACCCAGCUGUUUGAAAGAUCAGCAAAAUCAAAAGGAGACAAUGUCAAUGUCAAUCAACAGAAGGUCGAAGCUGCUGCUAACACAGAGGAACUGGCCAAAGGAAGGAACACAGCCCACACACAGCUGAUGGGAGACAGAGAGCCAGUGGAUACAUAACGUGCUAUGGGACGCUACACACGUGGAAUUAAACCAAACGCACAGGUGGUGAAACCACAAACAUGGACAUAGUACUGCUCCAGCUGCUGAAUUGUUCUAAGGUCUACUGUACCUCUGGACUCAAGACAAAGUUGUGUGACAUAGGCAAGGGGAAACAAUGUUCCUGAAGACCGAAAGUACAUCUGUAAGUUCAAUUGAUGACCUUUAUCACAAGGAGAAAUUUGCUCACAGGUACCUUUCUUAAGAUGUAUCUGCCUCAAGUUGAGGUCCAGUUUUGGUGGUGGAGAGGGAGGGCACAUCAUCGAGCCCUCUGCAUAGUUGACCCUCAGGAUGCAGACACGUUGCUUUCAGUACAAACCAUUGAAGUUUUAUUUGCAGCCACAAUGCUUACACUAGAUGCAGCGAACAUCCUUACAUACCAACCAGCUACCUGAUCACGCAGCGAUUUGGAAAUGUGUUUAGUCAGAACAUUCAGUUGUAAGGAACAAUAAAAAUAUAUAAUCCA